AUGGAACCCUGGCACUGCCAUGAGAAGGCAUUAGCGUGGAAUAACUACUGUCUGGCAUCUGUGCUUCUUUGUGAGCGAAGCGAAACCGCUAUGCACCACAGUCCCCCAGAUCUUCUGCACAACGAUGCGCAGCAUCAAACGAAACAGCUGGGAGUCUGCAACUGUUCCCAAUUAAAAUGUCAAACCUCCAAUCAGCUAGGCUUGCCUAAACUCGACGGAGGGGGCGCUGCUCAUCGAGAGGAGACUGAGGGAAGUCUCUGUAUCACCAGGGCCUCCAACUUUGCACAGCCCGCAGAAACCUGCACUUUCAUUAAAAGCAACUGGAGCCAGGCACCCAGAUCGGGCGCCGCACGAAAGACUUGGCUGCCGAUCUCCGGGCAAACCAAUGCUUAA